AAUAUUUAACAGUUGGCGAUUCUGUCAAGUGUCAGUAAUAGAGCCGGAAACUCUUUCAAAAUAUGACGUUCUCUGUUGAUAACUUCCUUCUAGUCUUUUAGUUUAUUCGUUCAGAAUGGGUAUUAGUAGAGACCAUUGGCAUAAACGAAGGGCCACAGGAGGCAAAAGGAAACCUCUCCGUAAGAAGAGGAAGUUCGAAUUAGGACGUCCAGCCGCAAAUACCAAACUUGGAGCUCGUAGAAUUCACUAUGUCCGUACACGAGGCGGUAACUUGAAAUAUCGUGCAUUGAGGAUCGAAAAAGGAAAUUUCGCAUGGGGCAGCGAAGGUACUGCUCGUAAAACACGUAUUAUUGAUGUCGUUUACAAUGCCAGUAAUAACGAAUUGGUACGUACCAAAACAUUGGUAAAAAAUGCCAUCGUUGUUAUUGAUGCAACCCCUUUCAGACAAUGGUAUGAAAAUCACUACAUUUUACCUUUAGGGCGCAAGAAGGGGGCAAAAUUGACAACAGAAGAUGAAGAAAUUUUCAAUAAGAAACGUAGUAAAAAAGUACAGAAAAAAUAUGAAACUAGGCAAAAAACAGCUAAAGUAGAACCUGCUCUAGAGGAACAAUUCCAAACUGGAAGAUUAUUAGCUUGCUUAGCAUCAAGGCCAGGACAAUGUGGUAGAGCUGAUGGUUAUGUCUUGGAAGGCAAAGAACUGGAAUUCUACAUUCGUAAGAUUAAGUCUAAGAAAGCUAAAUAAAUGUUUUUAUAGGUGUAAACAAUAAAAGUUGACACUAAUA